GCCACGUGACCACUGGAGCCGCUUUGCUGCUGAAGUUUCUAUGAUGGCGGCCAGUAAUUAUUAUGGAUUUACACAUGCAGCUUCUGCAGCCGCCGGACCGCAGUACAGCACCCAGCCGCCGCCCCCUGCGUAUUCCCACCCAACCACAGGCAGCUAUAACGUUCAGCCCGCUCCUGGAGUGGCCCACGCUGUCACAGCCUCAUACCCUGCAGCUACUGCCCAACCUGUUCGGCCUGCAGUGACCGCCCCCUACCCCACCUACCAGCCCAUUGCUGCCCCGAACUACGCCUAUCGCCAGCCCGAACCUUCCCAGCAACCGACGACCACCCCUCAAAGUUACCAGGUGUUACCCGAACCGGUCAGUUUUACUAUACAGGAGAAUUAUACUUACGGGCAACCACCAGCAGUCAGCAGUUACGAGAACAAGCAGUACUUUCAAACGAGCAUCACACCUGCGCAACGAACCGCAACUGAGGCCUACUUCCAAUCAGGCCUGAAAAGUGGCUACACUCCUGCGAGCACGGCGUACAGUCAGCCUCCGGUUCAAAGACAGGUUGCAACUCUGAAACCGCCACCUGCUCCUGGUUCAGUGUCCUCAAGCUACUCAAUCUACCCCACGUCAACCAGCGUUCAGCAACCUCCAACCCCCAUAUCCACUUACACACCCAGUUCUACUUUCAACUCUACAGCGGCUACAUCUUACUCUGCUGUUCUUAGCUAUUCCAGCUAUGACUCCAGCAUUUACACGUCCACACCGUCGUACUUCCAGCCUGCACAGCUAGCCCAGCCGCAACCGCAGCAGCCUCCCCAACAGCAGCAAACACAACAAGCACCCAAACCGCUCAGCAACUCGUCCUGGAGCAACGCCAGGAGCAGUGUAGUCUCCAGUCCCAUUGUGAACACCUACAAGAAGCCCAUGUUCCACCAGAGCAAGAUCCAGAAACCCAAAGGCCCACCAAAACAACCACAGCUGCACUACUGUGAUAUCUGCAAGAUAAGCUGCGCUGGGCCACAGACAUAUCGAGAGCACCUGGAUGGUCAGAAGCACAAGAAGAAAGAAGCGGCGCAGAAGAGCGGAAGUCAGGUGACCAACGGGCCUCGCGGCAUCCAGACACAGCUGCGCUGUGAGUUGUGUGACGUCUCGUGCACCGGCACGGAUGCUUAUGCCGCACACAUCCGCGGAGCCAAGCACCAAAAGGUGGUGAAGUUACACACCAAGCUUGGCAAACCUAUACCUUCCACAGAGCCAGUUUUCGUAAGCUCUGCCUCUGUUACCACAACGAUGACGACUGGCAAAACAGCGGCUGCCACGGCAACAGCUCCAACCCCGACUGCUGUGCUGCGAAAGACGCCAGUGGCAACUCCUUCCAAAGCCACGCCACCUCCUGUGAAAAAACCCGCCCCUGUUAAAGUCACCGUUACUGCGACUAAAACAUCUUCAGCAGCUCCUGUAAAGAUUGAGGAGGUGAAGCCACUCAUGAUGAAGAUGGACCCGAUGAGUGAUGAUGAGGAUGGUGACAGUACAGGACCUCAGGGAGACAUUCAGCCUGUGGGACACGAUUAUGUAGAAGAGGUUCGUAAUGAUGAUGGUAAGGUGAUUCGCUUCCACUGCAAACUGUGUGAAUGCAGUUUUAACGACCCCAACGCUAAAGACAUGCACCUGAAGGGCCGCAGACACAGGCUGCAGUAUAAGAAAAAAGUGAAUCCAGACCUCCCAGUGGAGAUCAAGCUCAGUAAUCGAGCUCGUAAACUUCUAGAAGUCAAACUGCGGAAACAGAAACAGAAAUCUGUGCUGAAGAGACAACAAGAGGACGAGCAGCGCUGGCACAUGGAAAUGAGGAGGUACGAGGAGGACCUGUACUGGAGGAGGCUGGAGGAGGAUCAGUUAUACUGGGGGGAGGGGCAGAAAUAUAGAAUGGCCCCGCCCCCUCUCAUGGGCCGGCCCAGCGUGCCCGUGCCCCCCCUACUGCCGGUUCGGAGGCCGGACUCACCCGAUGACCGCCACAUCAUGGCCAAACAUUCCGCCAUCUACCCCAUGGAGGAGGAACUUCAGGCCGUGCAGCGAAUCGUGUCGCAUUCUGAGCGCGCUCUCAAGCUGGUGUCUGAUUCGCUGCUGGAGGAGGCGGCGUCCACCUCAGACGACAUCACAGACAAACCCUCGGAGCCUCAGGCUCGUGUUCUGAAAGGAGUGAUGCGUGUGGGAAGCCUCGCUAAAGGUCUUCUUCUGCGCGGUGACCGCAACGUCCAACUCAUCCUUCUUGCGGCCAGGAAACCAACUGUAUUGUUGCUGAAAAACGUCGCGGAACAGCUGCCCAAACAACUAGCGAGCUUUUCUGAAGAUCAGUAUGAGGUGCAGGUGCACACUGAAGAAUCCAGCAUCAUCAUUUUAUCAAGCAAGGAACCAAAAAUGCAGGUCACCAUCUCUCUAACGUCACCAGUGAUGCGUGAAGACCCCGCCCCCAACAUGGAGAAAGUUCCAGAAAAGGACCCUCCAGAUGUUCUCAACAGGACCAAGUGCCUCGAGUAUCUAGCGGCUCUCCGUCAUGCUAAAUGGUUUCAGGCUCGGGCUAACGGUCUUCAGUCCUGUGUGAUCAUUAUUCGCAUUCUGCGUGACCUGUGUCAACGUGUACCUACCUGGGGCAAGAUGCCUGACUGGGCCAUGGAGCUGUUGGUAGAAAAGGCCAUUAGCAGUGCGUCAGGACCCCUCAGUCCUGGAGAAGCUCUGCGGAGAGUUCUGGAAUCCAUCGCCACUGGAAUCCUCCUACCAGAUGGUCCUGGUCUUCUUGACCCUUGUGAGAAAGGUCAAACAGAUGUUCUGGGGAGCUUGUCGGAACAAUCCAGAGAGGAUGUGACCAUGAGUGCCCAGCACGCAUUGCGACUGCUGGCCUUCCGUCAAAUCCACGAAGUUCUCGGGAUGGGCUCCUUACCCGUCUCCAAAUCUGGAGCUCGAAACCGCAAGAGACGAAGAGAAGGCAGUGACAACGGAGAGGGAGAAGGCGAAGCAAAAAAAGACAAAAAGGAAGAUUCUCAAAAUGCUUGAAAGUUG